GACUACUUGAGAGCUUUGCGCAGUGAUGAGGGAUACAUAUCCAGUGUUGAGGAUCGACACAGACUGGUUGAGAGCGCUAUUAUGCUGUCUAUGCGUGUUGAUGUCUUGAGUCCGCAUUCUACCCCGCAUUGAGAUUUCACAAACCACUCAAUCAACACCUCCCGACACCACGACAGACACGACAAUAACUUUCAACAACCUCCGCGUCCGCACCCCCAUAUGUUCCGAAUAUGUCCUCCAACACCCCUUCCUCCGCAAAGUCUCAUAGCCUCCUUGCCAGUCCUUCGCCGGGGACUCCACCGCGACAUUCCCGCAUUCCCGCAUCGCAGCCGCCAUUAUCCACGCCUGCGCGACCCGGAGAACGACAUCCUGUCGCCACAAGCCUUCCAUUCCUUACCAACGCCCACUGCACCUACUCGUCCUGACCUCGCACCUCGUCAAAGAAGUCGGCUUCCUCAUGCUCUUCCUCCGGUUCCGGGUGUCUAGUUCCCUGGGUUUACCGGAUGCCGGAUACACAACGAUGGAGGAU